GGAUUCGAGCUGAUCGGUUAAAGGCGUAGAAGUCGAAUAGUGCAAAGUGUUAUGUGAACUUACAAAAUUAAAGAAGAUAGAAAAAUUUCUUGAAAAUUUAUGCCAGUUCGGUUUUCAGUGCUUUAUUCAGCUAUCAAUGUCUCAAGCAGGAUAAGUGAAGGAUGCGAAAAGAUAUAAAAAUACAUUUUUUUUAAACAUCUUUAGGCUAUUAAAAGGCUGUAAAUAAUAAAGUGUUACAUAAAAAUAUUCUUUGCAAAUUCGUACUAAGUAUGUAAGCAAUAUUAUCGAAAUAUUAAUAUAAUAUAAAUUAAUAAUUUAUGAAGUGCGAAAUUCUAUACACUGCAGAAAGCUUUUGUUAACUAAAAACAAAAAAAUGUUAUCAAUAACUGCACAAAAAAGUUUGCAACACCUGCGGCAUAAGCCGAUGUGGAUACUUUUUCUGCUAAUUUUCUUCGUUAUUGCUUUGGAUAAGACUGCAACCGCGACGACCGAAAAUGAACAAACAACAACACCAGAACCAGAUGCUUCACCAGGCUGUAAGGCGCCUGAUAUACGCUUUACUGUCAUACGACCGGAAACAACCACUGAACAACCGUAUGCGAAAUUCGAGACAACUCAGAUUUAUUUGCCAGAGGACUUUACAACGUCCGAUGCAGAGUUCGUUGAAAGGAUUAAUAUUGAUCUUACCGCCCGUCAGCCUGGCGUCAAAGACAAUAAGAUGAGCGCUAUCGUUAAUCCCUACCAAGUCGAUCUGGAUGACCAGCACGGCCUGGCAGGGGUGCACGGUGCUGAUGACACACUCGCCGCCAUCGAUGACGAGGAGGACGAGGCGGAAGACUCCGAAGAUGGCACACCCAAACGGAACCAAAAUCGGAAAUUAAACAAGAAACGGCGUUCUGGAUCAGGACGCCGUCGCCGUAUCGAAAACGAAAAUGGACAAACACGCGGUCGUGGCAGCCGAUACAAGCGUCAGGUGAUCCAUCAUGAUCCUGACGCCUCUUCUGAUACGGACAAAUGGGGCGGUAGUAAAUUAGCUGCUGAAGGCGAUGUUUACUAUGUGCAUAUUGAUGACAUACUGGAGUCGGGUACACCCAACGCCGAACUCAGAUUAAAGUUGCAUAAAUUGAAGCAUAAAACGAAAGCAAAGAAUUCCACAUGCACUGACGUCGGAAACAAAGAGCAGUGCAAGCAAACUUUAGCGAAAAAGAAAAAGAAAAAGGCAAGCUCCAACAACUUAUCAAAGCAGGUAGUAGAGAACAAGCAGAUGCAAACCAAAGAACCCAAUGCUAAACAUCAUCGUAGACGAGGUGAUAGCCACGAAGAAAAACGAGGUGAACAGCGAAUGCUGAAUGGAGAGCUAAACCCGAGUUCACGUUAUCGACGCGCUGCCUCAGGAGCAUUGAAGCAGAAAACCGAUAUGACAGCGAGUGCUUCAGGCAGCUACAACGAUUUGGUAUCGAAUGUAAAUGCGGCAGAAAAUAGCGACUUGGAAACGAUAAGAAUUGAACGGGACCAUAACAAAACUAUCAAAAAUAUGUUUAAUAAAAUAACUGACGAGCAGCUGCUGGACGAUAGCGAUGUGCCGGCGGUGUAUGGCAAUGAGACGGGCGCAGAGGCGCUGCAGCGCGUCAAACGCAAGUCCGGCAAGACAACCGGCGCAUUGAGUCGUCCCAAAGGCGGCGGAGAUUCUAGCUCAAAAACAACAAGUCGCAAAGAUAAAGGUAUUUACGAUGAAGAAGGAGGUUAUUCUCCCGUACAUCCCGAUGAAACCGAUGAAGAAGAGGAGGAGGAUGAAGAGGAAGAAAUUGACAUUCAACAGCAAUUCACUGAAGUAUCUGAAAUACGUUUCCCGGGCGAAAUUGGACCAUUGGGCGAUAGAAGAUUGUGUAAAAUACGUUGCGUCAAAGGAAAAUGGGUUGGUCCCUUAUGCGCCACUAAUGAGGAGGACGAUAAUGGAAAUGUGAAAUUUCAGCCUCUGUACAAGAGUUGCCAUGUGAAUCGAAUUCCGCCGCAUUUGCUAUUGAGCUAUCGAAACAUUUCAGUGACCCCGAUACCGUCCAUAAGAGGGUCGCGUCGCAAUCGAACUUCCAAAUCGACUUUUAUUUCCAAUACACAAAUUAAUGUUGGCUGGGACUUGCCACAUGGACACUCAUUACAGGCUCGCUGUAAAGAUCUAGGCAUGUAUAAGCUUCUUGGCGAAUCUCGAGUGCUUUGCUCAAACGGGCUAUGGGCACCGCGUAUGCCCUCCUGUGUGCCCACAACAUUACUUACCAAUUUCUCCGAUGACAGCGCGCCCUCCAUUCGCAUUAAGGUUUUCAAUGGUUCCGGUGCAUUUGAGCCAUCCGGCGUACUGGCAGUUCUGCCACAGAGUUCGAUCUUACUAGAUUGUAUGUAUCCACGGGUGCGUGGCAUCCCCGAUUGGACAUGGACUAGUUGGUACAGGCAGUAUAUAACAGGCUGGUCUCACGAAGACAAAAAUUUAAGAUAUCGCUUGACAAUUAAGGACAUACAAAACAGCGAUUCGGGCACAUUUACCUGCACGUCACCACGGGGUUUAACCAAUAGCAUUGCAAUUGUUGUGACCACCUCGACAUGUCCGCAGCUACCAGAACCGGUGUCGCCGCUCACGCUACGCUUGGAGGGUAAUAAGCUCGGACAGCGCGCCAUGUAUCGCUGCCCUCCAGGUUAUCGCAUCGAUGGUGUUGCGAAUGCAACGUGCUUAGCCUCGGGUAAUUGGUCAUCGCCGCCGCCCACUUGUCAGGCUGUGCAGUGUCCCCGUUUGGCGUUGGACGAUCCACAUUUGAGUUUGAUCGAGCUAAAUACGUCGGCGUGGGGGCGGGCGAUGUUCAAAUGCCAAUGGGGCUUCAAGCUGACCGGCCCGCCGAGACUGGACUGUGAGCCGACGGGCGUGUGGAGUGGCCCAGUACCGCGAUGUAAAGCCAUCCAAUGUUCGACGCCGGUGGCGCCGCUAAAUGGACGCAUAGGCGGCACAAAUCUGAACCAGCGCCGUCUGACUGUGGGCGCUUUGGUCACAUUCAGUUGCAAUGAGGGACACACGCUGGUCGGCGAGCCGAGCAUCAUUUGCACCGAAACUGGACUCUGGUCACAUCCGCCACCAUUUUGCAAAUCGCAAUGCCCCUAUCCCGGCGAUCCGCCAAAUGGUUUAAUAGCACCACUCAAAUUCAAUUACGAUUCCGGCGAUUACCUGAGCGUCCAAUGUCGACCCGGUUUUGUGCAGUACAGCGAGAAUGGUCCGCCAGAGCGUCCAAAAUGUCAACCGGAUGGAAAUUGGUCCGGACCGGUUCCCAAGUGCCGCAGCUAUGAGGAAGUGUAGCUAAUCAAAAUGGCGGACAUGAUGAUGCCGGAAUCAUCUGACGAGUCCACACAACUCCACCACCCACAAGAAAACAGCAUGCUUCGUUAUUAGCAACACAAGCAAGAGCUUCAUGUAGAGGUACAUAGAUGGCAGAGACAUAACACCAAACAAAUGAAUACAUACAUAUGUAUGUAUGUAUGGCCAUAAUAACAGCGCACGAGGAAUAAAUACGCGAACAAAUUUAUGGCGACCCAAACAGCAGCACAUACACGCACACACAUCGUAUUAUGUAUGGAAUAGUGUAACUUAGGGUAAAUGGUUGGGACAUAUACGAUGCACACACACACACAUACAUGCAUGGUACAUUAGCAGCUAUGCAAAUAUCCACAAAUAAGUAUUUGAAAAUCUACUCUGCAGGAAUUAUAGUACCAACUGUCAGUUUUUUAAUGCUUACUUUUUUAUAUGUUCAUGGUAUGUAAGACUAUACAAGUUUUUGCGAGCAGCUUCAAACCCUUCGUCCAGACAUCUGGUCUUAGUAAACUUACUAAUUCCAUUAACAUAACCGGUUUCCACGAAAACAACAAAUAAAUAUAGAUUAGAUAAAUAGGAUUUGAAUUUUGUUUUUUAGCAUAUUUGUGUUUUGAAUCUGAAAAUAGCCAAGCCAAUAUUUUACACAACUUAAUCCAAAUCUGAAUUUCGUUUCUUUGCAAUAACUGCUUUUCAAAACUGCGUUCAUAUUUCUUUAAUUGUUUGAUCACACUGCUUACAAUCAAUAUCCAUUGAUCCAUUGAUGAAAGCAGUUAACCAAAAUAUAUGUUUAACAUAUACCAAACAGAUUAAACAACUAUAAUACAAAAAUUGAUGUAUUUCAUUGUUUUAUUGGUCAUAAGUGGUCAUUAUUCUAAUUCAUGUUCCUAGUAGGAAUAAAGGGAAUACGAUUUUUUAAGAUGACACCAUCUAUCUGGCAUAUUUAAAAACUCGAACUUCAUGUGAGAUUUUGAGAUCCAAUUAUGAACUCAAUCGGUUGUUAAAUAUUGAAGCCCAGCGUCACUUUACGAACAUAAUUUAACACUGAAUAGCCUAUUUUAUGUGAUCCAAAUAUGCAUACAGAUCUAUUCUAAACACCAGGCUUCAGCCCACAUGACGAAUCGGAAAUACAAUCUAAGCUACCCAAGUUUGAUUCACGUCCGUAUUUAAAGUAAUACUUUAACUAGUUGUUAGAUGUUAUUUAAAUUUAGUUUUCAAACUCCAAUAUUCGAUGCACUAGGAUUCCCAAACGAAUUAAAAAAGUUUUGCAAAUAUCAUACUUAAUAAUAGAAUGAAAUUCAUCGACAACACAAUUUUCGAAUUAAAACGGUUUUUUAUAAUUUUUAUUACCGGAAAUUAAAAAUUUUAGGUUAUUUUUUUUUUAAUUUCCUGCAGGGUAGAAAUCCUUUCCGAAAUACAGCAAAAAAUAUUCAUGCAAUUAUUGAUCUGUAAAAGUUUAUAUUACAUUUGGUCUGUUCUACAACAAUUAUGCAUACAGUUAUGAAUUGUAAGAUUAUUUGUUGUGUACUGACCACUCAAAAAAAAAAAACAAAAAAUUUAUAAUAUUUCAGUGAGCGGAUUUAUGCAAUUUAAAAAAAAUCAAAUCUUAAAAUGUAUCUGUGUAUUUGUAAGAAAUUGAGCAUUUUGGGCAGAGUAAUAUACCUUGGGAAAAAUGUUAGUUCUUACAAAGAAACAAUUUACUGCUCCAGUGUAUUAAAGAGGAUAAUAUUUAUUAGGAUAAGCGUUGUUAAAUUUAAAUUAAAAGAUACUAAAAACUUAUAUUAAAAACGGAUAAUUGCUGAUAUAUUUACAACAUUUUAAAUCGUAUAACAACAGAAAAAGAAAAAUAUAUAUGUACAAGUAUAUUGAUUUGGAAUAUAUCUAAUGUCACAUUUGUGAUGUCCGGACAGCUUUUCAUUAACAGACCACAAGGCGGGUAUUGCAUAUAUAUGUAUAUAUAUAGUAUUAUGUCCCUUAUAUUGUAUAAUAAGAUUAAAUUGCAAACCAAACUUCCAACUAAUGAAAUUCCUAUUAAACAAAGAGAAAACAGAAGCUUUAAAGCUCUAAUAAAUUUAUUCGAUUAAAGGAAUAUGUUUCAAUUUAUGAAAUCAUAGUUAUGUAUGCAUGCCUCAAUGAUGAUGAACUUAACUGUAUGGUAAACUCUCUAUUUAUUCAAACUUGAAAUGAAUUAAAACCCAAAUGAAAUUGCAAACUUUCACUUUGAAAUUAAUUAAUUUGCUGUUUCUUGAAUAAUAUAAGCAAUAAUGUUUUAGUAAAUAAGAGCAUUAUUGCUAUAAGCCUCCUAAAUGCAUACAAAUAAAAACACCAUUCGUAUAUUCAAAUAUACUUACAUAUAUAUGCCCACAAAUAAGUAACGAAACUUCCACAUGUUGCUUAUGAGUGCAGUAAGUAGACCACAUACUCGUAUUUCAGCUAAUUGAACUUAAAACUGCACAACUUAGUAAGUUUUCUUUUCUCUCAAAUAUUAAAAUAUUCUAUAAAUAAAUACCUACUUAUGUACACAUAUACGUAUACAUAUAUAUAUAACAGUUAAAUUGUCCAAAUAAAACCAAAACCAAUUGUAUUGUAUAAUAUAUUUAAGCUUAUUUAUGUAUGUAAGUGAGUAUUAGUGAAAUUUAAGCGAAAACGGCGAAGAAUCGUAAAAGUUUGUGAUCAUUUAAAGGCAAAAUAUUUAAAAAAGUAAUAACAAUGUAUUGUAAUAGAAAGACAAAAUGAAUUAUAGCGAAACGAAUAUAUAUUGAAAAUAAAGUGCAUAUCUGAGGAAAGUGAAAGGAGAA